AUGCAAGCACCGCAAGAGAUUUACGACAUGAUCGUGUCCCAUGUGGAUGACGUCGAUAGCCGGCCGUGGGCCACUCCAACGCGACAACACAAGAUCCCAUCCGACGAGAUUCGACACCACCUGGCGACUCUACGCCUGGUCAAUCGGGCCUUCUGUCGCAGUGCCUCCCCGCGUCUGUUCCGACAUCUGCGCGUCACCGCCAAAUCCGCACAGUCCAAGACCGCCGAGUCACCGCUCGUAGGCCUCGUAGAGCUCUCCCAUGGCCCCUAUGCCGAUUACGUGCGCCAGAUCGACAUCGGCCUCGAAGACACGGAGCACUCGGAUGAGUUCUGCGCGAUGUUUCUGGAGGACCUGGCGGGAUUAUUACCCUCCUGCCUGAGUCGACUGCCCAAACUCCGCGCGCUUGAUUUCCAAGGGGUGCCGGCCUCGUUACCCGAAGCGACCACCCGAGACUUUGUCAACACCGUCAUCAGCAGUCUCCGCUACGUGCCAUUGCCGAACUUAACCGAGCUGGAGAUCGCCUUCCCCCUCACCCACGACUUCGCCCAAUUCUUCCCCAACAAGACCAUCAGCUCUAGCGCCCUGCGCAUCUCCGCCGAGCACGUCCUGCAGCGUCUCGACCACCUCGGCCUGCGCAUCACCGCCUCCACCAGCGAACACGCCCAGCCGCAGUAUGAACCGCCGGUUCCGCCCCCGGCCACCGCCGCCGCGCCGCAUACUGCCCUGCCCAACCAAACCCACGCACACUGGCUCUUCAAGAUGAUCCGUCACGCCAGCAACCUAAAGUCGCUGUCCAUCAGCAGUGCAGACACACUGGACCUGGACGGAGCAUCCUUCAGCCGGUCCCUGCGCCUCCAGUCGAUCCAGCUGCGCGGGGUGUCCAUCUCAUCCUACAAGCUGCUGUCGCUGGUCGAACAAUGCAAGGACUCCAUCCGUCACAUCGAGCUCUACCAGGUGCAGCUGAACUCAGGCGAGUGGCAGCACGUCCUGUCGCGGAUGACCAACCUGCCGGGCUUGGUGGGCUUCGUGAUCAAGUCGUGCGGAUACUCGUCGCGCGGCGCCGGCGCGACAUACUACAACCAUCACGGAACGCAGACGGCCGGCCAUGGCUCGCCGGGGCCGGUGAUGAAGACCACGAACUCGACGGAGAUCCUGGCGCUGGGCGCCUUGCAGCGUCGGGUCCACGCAAACAGGACCAACUGCGGGCUGGCCCCGUUCCGGGAGACCGAGUAUCGGCGGAGAUUGAAGAGUAUUUGA